UCCUUUAGAGGUUGAGCCGAUCUGAGUGUUUCUAUUAAAAGGAUAACAUAUCGGGCCCUUUUUAUCUGUUUCUGUCUGUUUAGUUUUUAUUUUUGUAUUUAUUGAGAUGCCCAUCAUUUAUUGUGUUGGAAUUACGAUAUGAAAGAGUAUGUAUCCAUGAGUGAGAGGUAAAAGUCAGAAACCAGAAUUCAGAGAGCUCAACCAGUGGUAAUUGCUGCAGUAAGUGAAUAUGAGAGCGGAAUUUGCAAAAAGAAAUUUAAUUGAAAAAAAAAAGAAAGAAGGAAGAGGAUAAGUUUUGACUUCUUCUGCUGAGGUACAUCAAUGUGAGCUUAGCUACCAUGAAAUGAGCUCAUACUUAGUGCAAUGGAGUCUUGUAGGAGAUAAACCCCUAUUAACUGUGAAUAGUUCAUCCAUAUUCGCGACAAUUGGGCUGCAUUUUGGGAUGGUAAUACUGAAUUUUUCGAUUCAGUAGGUCAUGUUAAGUGUCAAGAUCGAUGAUUGGUUAUUGGACUGCCCUUGAUAAUGUCGGUGGUCACCAGGAUUGGCACAGAUUUGCUAGGACCCUGUAUAAAAUGGAUGCUUUGUAUCGUAGGUACUGUACUGUAAUUUUCCUUUGGAGGCGUCUUGCAGUGUCAUCAAAAUGCUUCUAUAGUUGAAUGUUCAAAAUUGGAACAUUGGCACUUGUUAAUUAUUGCUGGUUUUGGUACCUAGAUGUCAUCAAAAUGCUUCUAGUUGAAUGCGUCCGCGUGAAUCCUAAUAGUCUAAUCAUGUCUCGUAUAAUUUAUGUAUGUUGGAGUACUUGCAUUGCACAAGACAUCGAGUGAGAUCACAUCCACAAAACAAAAAUACAAUCAGUGAUUUAUGGUACAUUCAUAAACCAAGAACUUUCAGCAACGGAAUGGGACUUAUACAGUGGGCGAUUUCAUGACUAAAAAGGAGGAUUUAAUUGUCGUGAAGACGACGACUGGUGUUGACGAAGCUUUGGAGACCAUUGUGGAGAAGAGAAUAUCUGGCUUCCCUGUGAUUGAUGAUGACUGGCAUUUGGUUGGUGUUGUUUCUGAUUAUGACCUGUUGGCCCUCGACUCCAUAUCAGGUGGUGGUCAAAAUGACAUAGACAUAUUUCCUGAUGUUGAUAGUUCAUGGAAGGCAUUUAAUAGAAUCCAGAGGCUGCUGAAUAAGACACACGGCAAAGUGAUCGGCGACCUGAUGACACCUGCACCUCUAGUUGUCCGUGAAACCACAAACCUCGAAGAUGCUGCACGGUUGUUGCUGGAAACAAAAUACCGCCGACUGCCUGUAGUAGAUAGCAACGGGAAACUUAUUGGACUCAUCACUAGGGGAAACGUGGUUAGUGCCGCAUUGCAGAUAAAACGAGCCAUUGAACGAGAGCAAUCCUCGUAACUCUUAUCACACAAGUGAGAGUAUAUAUAGAAUGUCGAUGCUGAUUCUUUUGUCCCCAAUAUGAAGCUUUUCGAUUUUCUCAUAGGAAUCAUUUGUAGAAUUUAUAAAUGCAUUCAGAUAAAUCUAGAACUGAGAUCAGGUGGAAGUAUACAUGCCAAAAUUUUGUAUUGCAACUAGACAUCCCUGCAAAUGCCAUCCAGUAUGUAAUUGAAGAUGUUGAAUUAUCUAUGCCAAGGUUAUUCGUGUAUCCUCCU